AUGAAGACCGCACGUCGUGCAGAAGAGACCAAGAAAGAUGGUCGUACUCGGUGGCGCUGCAUAAACAUGUUGCAGGGUGUUCAUGUCGGGAGGAAAUCAACUGCUACAUCAUCUGUUCUCGAUGAGAAUGGGAAUGCUACGCCAGAUAUUGAAUCUACCCAGGCCAGAUUCGGUCGGCAUUUCGAGCGUGUUCUGAAUGUUCCCUUGGAGUUUAAUGCUGAUGUGGUGAAUUCCAUGCCGGAGCUGGAGGUGCGAGAGGAUCUAGAUACUGUACCAGCAUUUGAGGAACUCCAACAUGCCUUAGGUAACAUGAAGCGAGGUGAAGUUCUUCAGUGUCGCAUUCAUGAGCUGAUGGUGCAGGUAUGGUCGUCUGGAGGCGUCCCCGGUGAUUGGCGAGAUUCGCAAAUUGUCCCCAUCCCCAAGAAAGGUAAUCUUCGCGUGUGUGACAACUGGCGUGGCAUCAGUCUGCUGGACGUCGUAGGCAAGCUGUUCGCGCGGAUCAUCCAGGAUCGUCUUGAGGAGAUCGCCGAGGACAUUCUGCCGGACACGCAAUGUGGUUUCCGCAAGGGACGUGGCUGCGUAGAUAUGGUAUUUGUUGCCCAGCAGCUUGUGAAGAAAGCCAUCGAACAUCAGUCGAACUUGUCGUCGGAAUUUGAGGUCCGCAAUGGUUUGCGUCAAGGAUGCACACUUGCUCCUAUUAUGUUGAACAUAUAUUUCGCAGCUGUUGUGGCCCACUGGCGGUCGAUCUCCGCUGUUCCUGGCUUUCCACUGUGCUAUCGUUUGGGUCGCAAGCUUGUCGGCGAUCGCACAACCAAGGGUUGCCUUGAGCACCUUGAUGGCACUGAGUCACAGUUCGCCGACGAUGCCGCACUGUACAUCACCUCACAUGAUAAUCUGUGCACUAUGGCCAAUGAGUUCAUCUCAUGCACGUUUGACUCGGGCCUGACGGUCAGUAUCACCAAGACCAAGGCAAUGUCGGCUGGACCAGAGACCUGGACGUUGAAGACCCCGCAGCUGCAUCGCCUCGAGGUAUUCCAUGACCAUUGCAUCCGAGUGAUUCUGGGUGUGUCACGGGACCAGCAGUGGCAGGAGCGCAUUUCUUCUGAGGAACUAGCCCGUCGUUUUGGUAUGCCGUCGUCAAUGGCGGAGAUCGUACGCUGUCACCGUUUACGCUGGCUUGGCAACCUUGGGCAAAUGGAGGAUUCCCGUCUCCCCAAGCGCGUUCUGUUUGCCGAGGGACUCAACACAAGGUCCAGGCAUGGCCCCAAGAAACGUUGGAGGGAUUUCGCCGCUGCUGAUCUGAGUGCUCGGUGCAUGACAGGUGACUGGUGGGACUUGGCACAGGACAGACGAGACUGGCGCCUCAUGUGCAAUCGUCCCCGGCCGGCUGAGCCAAAGCCUAGAGUUUUCAUUUGCGGCUGUGGCAAGGACUUCCGUCGGCCCAACGAUCUAACUCGCCACAGGAAAUACUGCAAAUCCUGA